CUGGUCCAGCACCUCCGGCUACAUUUCCGCAAGUGUAGUGCGUCGCGCGCCGCGCGCAGCCUGUCAGUGUCAGGGGGCUGGGCCGGCCUCCGAGUGAGACUCUGCCGUUGCCGGCCUCCCAUCCUAGCCGGGCCCGGAACUGAAGGCGACCCCGGCCCGGAGCCCCCCAUCCUCGGCCUUUCGUCCCUGAGCGGGGCAUGAGGCGGUGACGGAGCCCGGGGACGCCGCGCGUGGCCUGAGGCGGAGGUGUGUGAAGAGGAGACUGUCUGCGUCAGUAUGUGUGCGCCGGUCAAGUACAACAUACGGGGUCCUGCCCUUAUCCCAAGAAUGAAGACCAAGCACCGCCUCUACUAUAUUACCCUCUUCUCGGUCGUCUUACUGGGCCUCAUUGCCACUGGUGUAUUCCAGUUUUGGCCCCAUUCCAUCGAGUCUUCCAGUGACUGGGCAGUGGAGAAGCGCAGUGUGCAUGAUGUGCCGGUGGUCCGGUUGCCGGCUGACAGCCCCCUCCCAGAGCGGGGAGACCUCAGCUGCCGAAUGCACACCUGCUUUGACGUCUACCGCUGCGGUUUCAACCCAAAGAACAAAAUCAAGGUGUACAUCUAUUCGCUGAAAAAGUAUGUGGACGACUUUGGGGUGCCAGUCAGCAACACCAUUUCCCGGGAGUACAAUGAGCUGCUCACAGCCAUUUCAGACAGCGACUUCUACACAGAUGACAUCAACCGGGCCUGCCUCUUUGUGCCAUCUAUAGACGUGCUCAACCAGAAUACACUUCGCAUUAAGGAGACGGCACAGGCAUUAGCCCAGCUUGCCAGGUGGGAUCGAGGCACAAAUCAGCUGUUGUUCAAUAUGUUACCUGGGGAACCUCCAGAUUAUAAUACAGCCCUUGAUGUCCCUAGAGACAGGGCUCUUUUGGCUGGGGGCGGCUUCUCCACGUGGACCUAUCGCCAAGGCUAUGAUGUCAGCAUUCCUGUCUAUAGCUCUCUGUCUGCUGAGGUGGACCUGCCAGAGAGAGGACCAGGCCCCAGGAGGUAUUUUCUUCUGUCAUCGCAGAUGGCUCUCCAUCCUGAGUACCGCUCAGACCUGGAGGCCCUCCAAGCCAAGCAUGAGGAGUCGGUGCUGGUCCUGGAGAAGUGCACCAACCUCUCUGAGGGCGUCCUCUCCACACGUAAGCGCUGCCACAAGGACCAGGUCUUUGAUUACCCCCAAGUCUUGCAGGAGGCUUCUUUCUGCAUGGUUCUUCGUGGAGCCCGGUUGGGCCAGGCAGUGCUUAGUGAUGUUCUUCAGGCUGGCUGUGUCCCGGUUAUCAUUGCUGAUUCGUAUAUCCUGCCCUUCUCAGAAGUUCUGGACUGGAAGAGGGCAUCUGUGGUUAUCCCUGAGGAGAAGAUGAGAGACAUGUACAGUGUGUUGCGGAGCAUUCCCCAGAGGCAGAUCGAGGAGAUGCAGAGACAGGCAAGAUGGUUCUGGGAAGCCUACUUCCAAUCAAUGAAAGCUAUUGCCAUGGCUACCCUUCAGAUCAUCAAUGACCGGAUCUACCCUUAUGCUGCCAUUUCUUAUGAAGAGUGGAAUGAUCCCCCAGCUGUUAAGUGGAGCAGUGUGAGCAACCCCCUGUUCCUUCCAUUGAUCCCACCACAGUCCCAGGGUUUCACUGCCAUUGUCCUCACCUAUGAUCGAGUGGAGAGCCUCUUCAGAGUCAUCACAGAGGUAUCCAAGGUGCCCAGCCUCUCCAAGCUGCUAGUUGUCUGGAACAAUCAGAAUAAAAACCCUCCAGAAGAUUCUCUUUGGCCCAAGAUCCGGGUUCCUUUGAAAGUUGUGAGAACAGCUGAAAACAAACUGAGUAACCGUUUCUUUCCAUAUGAUGAGAUUGAAACAGAAGCUGUGCUUGCGAUUGAUGAUGAUAUCAUUAUGCUGACUGCUGACGAGCUACAGUUUGGGUAUGAGGUUUGGCGUGAGUUUCCCGAUAGGCUGGUGGGAUACCCAGGCCGCCUGCACCUCUGGGACCAUGAGAUGAGCAAGUGGAAGUAUGAGUCGGAGUGGACCAAUGAAGUAUCUAUGGUACUCACAGGAGUGGCUUUUUACCACAAGUAUUUUAAUUACCUCUACACCUACAAAAUGCCGGGAGACAUCAAGAACUGGGUGGAUGCUCACAUGAACUGCGAAGAUAUUGCCAUGAACUUCUUGGUGGCCAACGUCACAGGGAAAGCUGUCAUUAAGGUGACGCCCCGUAAAAAGUUCAAAUGCCCGGAGUGCACCGCCAUCGACGGGCUCUCCCUGGACCAGACGCACAUGGUGGAAAGAUCUGAAUGCAUCAACAAGUUUGCUUCUGUCUUUGGGACCAUGCCUCUCAAAGUGGUAGAGCACCGAGCGGACCCAGUCCUCUAUAAAGAUGACUUCCCUGAAAAACUGAAGAGCUUCCCCAACAUCGGCAGCCUGUGAAAGGCCCCACUUGUAGGAGGCAGAGUCUGCAAAGAAGCUCCGGGGAACCAGGGGCCCCUCGGCAAGGCCUGUCAAGGGGCGUGUGGUGAUUGUGCCACACUUGGGAAUAGAGUCAGCCCCUUGCCUUCUUCCCAAGAGCCAGGAGCCCACCAGACAGGCCUGGGCUGUCAGGGCUGACACGCAUUAGAGUCUUUGGUGGACCCAUUUGAAAACACAGAAUGGAAGGCUGAGUCCAGAGUAAGACUGAGACUCCGGGACUUCUGACUUGUGACUGCCUGUCUGCUCUCGCCUCGACAGUUCCAGACUUACCUGCCUACACUUUUUAGCUUAAGGAAAUCAUGGAAAAUAGCAUCCCCAUCUCACUUUUACUUCUUCCAAAUCAGUAGGCUCUUUGGGGAAAAGCCCCGCAUUGGGUUCAGAUACCAAAUAGAGGAUCAUGAUUUACAGAUGAUACAUUCACUGCAGCCUUGGGUUAUGGGACUUGGUUCAAGAGGAGGGACUCGAAGUCCCUUGUGUACCAUGUACCAUUGUUCCUCGGUCUGGCUUUUUAAUAUAAAUAAAUUUUAUUUUUUACCUUU